AUGGUAUGUAUUAGUGUUACGUAAUAUACGAAUAGUAUUUGUCGACCAUUUUGUUUGUGUAUUAUUGAGUGAAUGUAUCGGUGAAUGACUUCCUUCAUAGCGAUUGACAGCACGUAUUGGCCGACAAUCGGGUGACCGCACAGGCAAUGGCCGGAAGCGAUCGAUGGUAUUUCAGCAAAGAAGAGUUGGCACACACGCCGUCGCGCAAGAAUGGCAUCGAUGCCGACAAAGAACUGUCGUACAGACAACAGGCGGCCAAUUUGAUCCAAGAUAUGGGACAACGAUUGCAUGUGACACAAUUAUGUAUAAAUACAGCCAUUGUUUAUAUGCAUCGGUUCUAUACGUUUCACUCGUUCACCAAAUUUCACCGAAAUGCGAUAUCUAGUUGUGCACUGUUUCUGGCGGCAAAGGUUGAAGAACAGCCCCGAAAGCUCGAGCACGUCAUCAAAGUGUCUCACAUGUGCUUACAUCGAGACAGUCCGCAACCACUCGAUGUCAAGAGUGAGGCAUACAAAGAUCAAGCCAUGGAAUUAGUCAUCAAUGAGAACCUAAUGCUACAGACAUUGGGUUUUGACAUUGCCGUCGAACAUCCGCAUACUUCGGUUGUCAACUGCUGUCAACUGGUCAGAGGUAAGGACUCGAGCAAAGAUUUGGCGCAGACAUCAUAUUUUAUGGCUACUAAUAGUCUUCACUUGACAACAAUGUGUCUUCAAUACAAGCCUACAGUCGUUGCCUGUGUUUGUAUACACUUGGCCUGCAAGUGGUCGUCGUGGGAGAUUCCGAGAUCAAGUGAGGGCAAAGAUUGGUUUUAUUAUGUGGACACAACUGUCACUUUAGAUUUGUUGGAACAGUUGACUUCUGAAUUUUUAGCUAUUUUAGAUAAGUGUCCGUCAAGAUUAAAACGUAAGAUACUUAGCGGAAACGGUAGUAAUUCAAGUGCCGGCACGAGUGUCCAAAAUAGUAUUGAUAGGCCUUUAAAUCGAUUGAAUGAUGAGAAGAGAAAAGAACAGCCGGUAAGAGAGGAACCAAAGUCUAUGGUCCCAUCAAAGCCCAGUUCGCACUUAACACCCGAUAAGCCGUCAGCUAAUAAUCCGACUAUAAGUCGUCGUUCGCCCUCAUCAUCGCCUCUAUCAAAGAAAAUUAAAAGCGAACCGACGACCCAUCAGCCAAAUCAACAGUCAACCAAAAUUUCAACUCCUAUUUCUGUAUCGACUUAUCGAGAAAGAAAAGAACGGACAACACCUCAACCAGAUAUACAUAAACAGCCCUCAACUUCAUUACCAAACAGAUCAUCAUCUCAUCAAACAUCGCGUGAUAUCUUAAAUUUACCAAAAGAUAAAAUGCCAACAAAAGCGCAGACAAUUAGUGAUAAACAACAGAAAUCAAUCGAUGAUAGAAACAAAUUUAGACCUAAAAAUAGUGAUUAUUUAUUUGAUAAUAACCGCAGCGCCAACCCUUCAAAAUCAAUUUCAAAUGUUUCAUUAACUCAUCCAAAACAUACACAAAAUAACUUAAUAAAAGAAGACUUAUUCAACACUAAUACAGUCCAUAAUAAACCACAUUUUGGCUCAUUUGGUGUCAAUAAUUCCGAAGACUCGCCGGAUAUUAAACGAGAGGUUGUGAACGAUCUUCAUAUGGAAUUCUCUGACAAUUCAAACCAAUCCACUAAUGAACUAAAUCUUAUGAACUCUUUUCCAACUGAUUUUAUGAACGAUUCUUUAGACUCGAAAAAAGAUUUUAAUUUUAGUAAUAAUAAUAAUAAUAAUAAAUUACAAACAAAUAGCGAUCCUCCAGUAAAGACAAGCUUUAUGUCUAUAUUUUCGACUCCAAUAGCGACAACAAAUUCGUCGUCCACUUCAACAACACAUCUAUCAAAAGCUGACAAUUCAAAGACAAACUCUUUAUCAAAACAUAACGACGUUUUACUUCGUAUUAAAUCCGAACCAUUGCCUCCAAUGUUAAGUCCUCUAAAGCCGUCAAUCGAUAACGAAGCGGCUUUUAAAUUAGAAAAACAGUUAUCACAUCCCUGUUCAACACAAUCUCAUUCCAAAUCUUUUACCUCUAAUUUUGGUUCUGAAUUAGAGCCAAAACAACAUCAAAAUUCAAGUAAAAUAUCUAAAUCUUCGCCAAAAUUAUUGUUAAACUCCGGGUCAACUCAACAGAAAAAUUCUCAGUUUGGAAAUGUUGUCCAAUCUAUUAAAGAAAAGGAAUUUACUGAAAGUUUACCCGAAGUUAAAUUGAAGUCAAAAGAAAUACCGAUAUCUUUUGGUGGUUCAAACCAAACAAUUUAUGCGACUAAUAGUAAUAUAUUUAACGAAACGGUGCCACCGAUUGCAAUAAAAGAAGAAAAACAUUUCAGAACAGAAGGCACAGACAUUCCGUCCAUUUCGAGCAAAAAUAAAUUACAAACGAAUAGUAAUAUUGAAUUAGACAUAAAACCAAAUAUUGAUAUUUUACCCGAUAUUAAGCCAACACUAGAUUUAACUCAAAAGACACAAAUUAAUACUAAUAAUACUUCUAAUCUUAUACAAGAACUUAUGGGAGACAUCAUUCCUCCGGUGCUUAAUAUGGAAAGUAUAGACAAAACGAGUCAUUCGGAACACGAAGAUAAAGAAAAGGAAAAGGAUAGACAUCACAAACACUCACAUCACUCGCAUAAAAGUAAACACAAAGAGAAACAUAAACACAAACAUAAGGAUAAGGAUAAAGACAGAGAAAAACAUAAAAGAAAAGAUAAGGAUAGAGAUAGAGAUAGAGAUAGAGAUCGCGAAAAAGAUAGAGACAGAAGUCGUGACGAUAGAGAAGACGCAGCCUUUAAGAUAUCGUAUUCCUCAUCUAAAGGCAGAGAUGAAGUGGCAAAUAAUAACAUGACUGCUGCGCCCAUUAAGUUGAAGAUUUCGAAGAAAAAAUGUAGUGUUGAUGACAGAGACGUUUUGUCGGAUAAAGACACCGAAGAACUACCGAAAAAUCCGAUAAAAUUGAAAAUUCAAUUAAAUCCCAAUAAAUCUUCAAAUACUCCCGAAUAUCAAUCAGAUUCAAGUGUCGGACGAAAGCGAAAAUUAAGUCCAAAUUCGAGUAAAAAAGAAAAGGCUUCCAAACAUGACUUGGAAUAUAAAUCAAAAGAAGAUAAGAGAGCGAAAAAAUUGUAUGAAUCUAAUCAUACAUCUUAUGAUAAAGGAUCCAAUCACUCAAAGACAUCAUUGAACUCUUGUACGCCUCAAUCUAUCACUUUGGAACCAAUGUCCACACCAUUAACACAAUCGCGUCUUUCAAAAGCUCAUAAAUAAUGUCAAAAGAGAUCAGCAAAUAAUUGUUAUGUCGAUCACUGUUUUUGACUUAUAUUGGUAUAAAUAUUAUAUUUACAAUAUAUAUUAGUUUAAAUUUUAGUGAAAUUGUAAAUGAAG